AUGUUGUCACUCAAGUCAGAGCUUCCCAUAUCGCCGCCAGAUGACGCAGCCUUCCGCAGUGGCACUUCGGUAGGUUUCAGUGAGGACGAUGAGCUCCCAGAUGAGCGCUCCCCAACAUCCUCCUCUCAGGAACUGUUGAGCCCGUGCCCUUCGUCAUAUAUGGACGCUGAUGAUUUCGACGACGUAGAGUCCGGCGACUCGUCCUCGACAGCCACAGUGUCAACGGUUUCCUCGAGACGCAAGCGGGCCUCGAAACCUUCAGCGCGAUCAAGGACUUCGAGCGCCUCAACAACGCUGAAGGCACCAGUGCAGGUCAAGAUGAAGAAGACGCGGCGGUUGAAGGCAAACGACCGCGAGAGAAAUCGAAUGCACAAUCUGAAUAGUGCCCUGGAUCGCCUUCGCUGCGUAUUGCCCACUUUUCCCGACGACACCAAGCUAACCAAGAUCGAAACACUUCGGUUCGCGCACAACUAUAUUUGGGCCCUUUCCGAAACGCUCAAGCUGGUCGAGUCCAAGGCUGAAAAGAAAGACUCCUCGGAGCUGGCUCAGGACGCGCAAAUAACGAUUCCGGCGCCACCUGCCACCGCUACUGAGUCGACGACGUUGGCAGCGACGCCGAUGGCUGCGAAUGGGCCUACGACACCUCGAGGAUACUACACUCCUCCGCUGUCCGUGACUUCAUCUCCAUCGCCCGCGAGACAGCACACGCCCUCUUCAGCGUGUCUAGGGUCGCCCUCUACGCCCUGGAACUUGUCAUCUUGCCCGGGUUCUGUAGCCGUGUCGACGCCGGCUAGUUCUGUGGACUUAUCAGACUCCUCGUGCUCUGGAUCCGAGUGCGGCUUCACAACUUACGAGGCCUUAUGA